CGAAGGUUUGGAACUAAAUGAUGAAUUUCUUCACCCUUUCAUAUACUUCAGCUUGUGAAAUCCCUUCCCUUCAAUAUACCUGAAGCUUGAAAAAAGUACCCAUUUCGGGUGAAGCUUCCCUGUAUAGACCAUUUAGGGAGUACACCCUGGGGCCGGGGGACAUUCAGCCUUUUCAGAGUAUCAUGCAGGCUAAACCAAUUGCAAGAUAUGACCACAGACUCUUUUGACUGAUAAGACAAGGAGCCUCGCUUGAGCUUAUUUAUUAUUAUCUUUCAGGAAAGCGAAUUUUAUUUUCUUUUUAGUGGUAGCUUUGGCGUUUAGCCAAGUCGGGACUUUUUGUGAAGGCCUACACGACCCUAAAUGCAGCAGGAAGUGCAGUUGGCACAAACCGGAAGUUUCGUCUGCGUGACAUAACAACAUUGCUUCAAAGGAAACACGUGGUUUUCUCACCUGAGUUUUGGAUUUCCUCUAGGAUGUGAGGGGUCAAGUUUGAUUGCGUGCAAACUUUCUCUCAGUAGAGUUGAGGUCUCAAGGCCGAACAACAUGGAUUACGAAAACGAAGGCUGUCUUCAUGAAAUCUUUGAGCGGCAGAUGAAGAAUACUCCACCGACUGCAACAGCUGUUGUGUCCGGCGAUGGCCGAUCUGUUUCCUUCUCCGAGCUUGACGAUCUCACCAACGUUUUGGCUACGAACCUCAGGCAUAGAGGCGUCAAGAGGGACAGCGCUGUUGGAAUAUACCUCGAGCGAUCGCUGGAAUACCCUUUAGCUUACAUAUCGAUUUUGAAAGCUGGUGGGGCCUACAUGCCUUUAGAACUCUCCUAUCCCGAAACUCUGCUUUAUUCGAUUCUUGAGGACGCAAAACCUGCGGCGAUCAUAACGAGUGAACAUUUGAAAGAGAAACUUCCUAAUUCGGUGGAUUUGAUUUUACUGAACGAGGGCUGGGACGAAAGACUUGAAAUGGAGAACGCUUCGAAACCCGCUUUGGAAAAAUUGAAGACAAAGCUCGAUGACUUGGCAUACAUUGUUUAUUCUUCAGGGACCACAGGAAAGCCAAAAGGGAUUUGUUGUCCUCAUCGGGGUGCUGUCUUCUCAUACACCUGGAGAUUCCAUAAUUUUCCAUUUCAACCUGAUGACAGAGUGGCCUGUAAUGUCUUCUUUGUAUGGGAGCUGUUGCGACCUCUUCUGAAGGGAAUCCCUCUAUAUGUCAUUCCAGACACUGUUAUUUAUGACCCUUUGCUACUGCUGAAGUUCUUGAAGAAGCACGGAAUAACACGAGUCCUUUUUACUCCAUCUCUUUUAGGUAAAAUAUGAUCAGUAGAUGAUAAGUAGUGGUAAAAAUUAGACCAAGUAGAGUGCAUCUAAGGGAGUAAUCGGGCGAGUAAUUUCAAAGAUGAGUGCAUAUCAGCAGCUGAUUUGAAAGUAUUACAAGCAUGAUUACUCUCUGAAUUGCAAUUACUAAUUAAUCUUAUUAAUA